AUGUGGCACAGUAUGGCACGCGUAAAGAUGGGUCUCCUCGCUCUCCUGUGUCUCCCUGCGUUUUUCCUCCGCGUCUUCGUGCUCUCCCACAGCAGCAGCAUCUAUGAGCGGUCGGUGGUCCCCCGCGCCGUGUCCCGCUCCGUGGCCCGCAUGGACGGAGACGUGAUCAUCGGCGCGCUCUUCUCCGUCCACCACCAGCCGUCGGCGGAGAAGGUGGCGGAGCGGAAGUGCGGGGACGUCCGCGAGCAGUAUGGCAUCCAGAGGGUGGAGGCCAUGUUCCACACGUUGGACCGGAUCAAUGCCGACCCGAACCUGCUCCCUAACAUCAGCCUGGGCUGCGAGAUCCGGGACUCCUGCUGGCACUCCUCCGUGGCGCUGGAGCAAAGCAUCGAGUUCAUCCGGGACUCCCUCAUCUCCAUCCGGGAUGAUAAGGACGGGUCCAAAUGGUGCAUUGACGGCACCCCGUCCCACCAGCCUCCACCCUCCAAGAAGCCCAUCGCCGGAGUGAUCGGACCGGGAUCCAGCUCUGUGGCCAUUCAGGUGCAGAACCUUCUGCAGCUCUUCAACAUCCCGCAGAUCGCCUACUCUGCCACCAGCAUCGACCUGAGUGACAAGACUCUGUUCAAAUACUUCCUGAGGGUCGUGCCAUCAGACACCCUCCAGGCCCGGGCCAUGCUGGACAUCGUCAAGCGGUACAACUGGACCUAUGUGUCUGCAGUGCACACUGAGGGAAACUAUGGGGAGAGUGGCAUGGAGGCUUUCAAGGAGCUGGCCUCUCAGGAAGGCUUAUGCAUUGCCCACUCGGACAAGAUCUACAGUAACGCAGGGGAGAAGCACUACGAUCGCCUUCUGAGGAAACUGCGGGAACGUCUUCCCAAAGCCCGCGUGGUGGUGUGCUUCUGCGAGGGUAUGACUGUCCGAGGUCUCCUGAUGGCCAUGAGGAGGCUGGGGGUGUUUGGGGAGUUCCUUCUCAUUGGCAGUGAUGGAUGGGCAGACCGUUACGAGGUUGUGGAGGGUUAUGAGCAGGAAGCAGAGGGAGGAAUCACCAUGAAGCUCCAAUCAGAGGUGGUCAAGUCCUUCGAUGACUACUACCUGAAGCUGCGUCUGGACUCCAACACCAGGAACCCCUGGUUCUCAGAGUUCUGGCAGUACCGUUUCCAGUGCCGCCUUCCAGGGCACCCUCAGGAGAACAAGAACUAUAAGAAAGUCUGCUCGGGUGAUCAUGGAAAUGAGAGUCUGCAUGAAAACUAUGUUCAGGAUAGUAAAAUGGGCUUUGUCAUCAAUGCCAUCUAUGCCAUGGCUCAUGGCCUGCAUGACAUGCACAAGGAGUUGUGCCCAGGGCAGACGGGGCUCUGUGAGGCCAUGGACCCUAUCGAUGGCAGCAAGCUGCUGGACUACCUUCUAAAGACGUCCUUCAGAGGAGUCUCAGGAGAGGAGAUUUAUUUUGAUGAAAAUGGAGACACUCCAGGAAGGUAUGACAUCAUGAAUCUACAGAGUGUGGGUGAUGUGAGCGAUGGUCGCUAUGACUACAUAAACGUGGGCUCCUGGCAUGAGGGCAUCUUAAGCAUCGAUGACUAUAAGCUGUGGCUGAACAGCAGCGACAUGGUCCGCUCAGUCUGCAGCGAGCCCUGCUCCAAAGGACAGAUCAAGGUGAUUAGGAAGGGCGAGGUGAGCUGCUGCUGGAUCUGCACCACAUGCAAGGACAAUGAGUACGUCCAGGAUGAGUUCACCUGCAAGGCAUGUGAGCUGGGAUGGUGGCCCGAUGACGACCUGGCAGGCUGCCAACCUCUGCCUCUGAGGUAUCUUGACUGGGCGGACGUGGAAUCCAUAGUGGCAGUGGUUUUCUCCUGCGUGGGCAUCCUGAUCACCUCCUUCGUCACCUUUGUGUUCAUCCAGUACCGUGAUACACCUGUGGUUAAGUCCUCCAGCAGAGAACUAUGUUAUAUCAUCUUGGCAGGCAUCUUCCUGGGCUACAUCUGUCCAUUCACCUUAAUCGCCCGUCCUACAGUGGCCUCAUGCUACUUGCAGCGGCUCCUGGUGGGCCUUUCAUCCGCCAUGUGCUACUCCGCUCUGGUGACCAAAACAAACCGCAUUGCCCGCAUUCUGGCAGGCAGCAAGAAGAAGAUCUGCACCAGGAAGCCCCGUUUCAUGAGCGCCUGGGCCCAGGUGAUUAUUGCCUUUAUGCUGAUCAGCGUGCAGCUAACUCUGGAGAUCACGCUCAUCAUUCUGGAGCCUCCCGAGCCCAUCAAGUCCUAUCCGAGCAUACGUGAGGUCUACCUCAUCUGUAAUACCAGCAACGUAGGCAUGGUGGCGCCACUGGGCUACAACGGCCUGCUGAUCAUGAGCUGCACCUACUAUGCCUUCAAGACGCGGAACGUCCCAGCCAAUUUUAAUGAGGCUAAAUAUAUUGCCUUUACAAUGUACACAACCUGCAUCAUCUGGCUGGCCUUUGUGCCCAUCUAUUUUGGCUCAAACUACAAAAUCAUAACCACCUCCUUCUCCGUCAGCCUGAGUGUAACGGUGGCGCUGGGCUGCAUGUUCACACCUAAGAUGUACAUUAUCAUCGCCAAACCAGAGAGGAACGUCCGAAGCGCCUUCACUACGUCUGACGUGGUGCGAAUGCACGUUGGAGAUGGGAAGUCUGCGGCUCAAUGCGGAAGCAACAGCUUCCUCAAUAUGUUCCGCCGGAAGAAGCCUGGAUCUGGCAACGCCAAUUCUAAUGGCAAGUCUGUGUCAUGGUCUGAAUCAGGUGCAAGACACCCUCCGAGGGGGGGGAAUGUGUGGCACAGACUGUCUGUGCAUGUGAGGAAACAGGAAGCCGGCUUGAAUCAGACGGCGGUCAUCAGGCCCCUAACUAACACCCCCGACCCCCACAGUUGUGAGCCCUCCACCUGCGACCUUGGCACAGACCCCCAUCCCCCCCAAGAACCGCGUGGCGCUAAGCCUCUGUACAAUCUGAAGGAGGAGGACGACGAGGGCGAUCCGCAGCGCCCCCUCUGGACUCCGACUUGCUCUGGACAGAUGCAAGGGCUGGAGCCUGAUUUGGAUAAACCGGCUUCUUAUUUGCCCUCCCACUUGAAGGGCUGCACCGCAGAGCGCUUGCAGGGGGCUGUGGUGGACACUCACAGCUCCCACGUCCCCGCACUGAGCGACUACGCUGCCAGGGAGGCAAUCCCUGCCACAGAGACUUUGAGCUUGACGCCCUCUCAGCUUCCUCUGGCCCCGCAAGCGGGGUCGUUUGAAGAGGAGGGGUCCGAGGACGAGGAACUGGACCUCUUACGCAGCUACAUUUACGACGCCAAGGACGAGGGGGAGGGGGAGGACGGGGGAAGCGAGGAUUUGACUCAGAGCAAGCCAACUCUGGAGGAUUCCCUAGCUCUGUCGCCCCCCUCCCCCUUCAGAGACUCUGUGUGUUCGGGGGAGUCUAUCAGCGGCUCCCCCAUCAUGGAGUUGAUGCUCGGUAGCCGUCCGAGCUCAGUCUACACCUCAAACAUCCUCGGAGACUUCGCACACAGCUCCUCAACACUGUGAGAGCAAAGCAGGCACUGACACGGUCUGACACUUGUGCAUCACACAGACACACACACACACACACACACACGCACAAACACACCAGAUACACACUGUACAACAUCAUUUUAUUAUCGUUUCAACUUUUUAACCUUUAUUUCUUUUGCUCUGUCAUUUGCUUGCUUGUAUUUACGACUCUGCUUUUAUCAGUAAGGGGUUAAUCGAAACUAUAAGUAGAAAAACAGCAGGAAUCGUCCACGAGUGCUUACUUUUCUGAAGGGCUGUCAGUGCACAAAGCCUUUCUGCCAAGUGUAAAACCGGGAACAGUGCCAAAACCCGUCAGCUCUCACGCCAAAUUUCGAUGGAGUAAGAAACCCUGAGAAUCACGAUGAAGGAUGUAGCCGUGGUUCUCGUAGUGGCAGCGCAGCGACGCGGUCUGCGAGAAACAAAUGGAACGAGAAACACAAUUCUGUAUAUAUGAGGAGACUGUAAGAUGCAACCAGAGACCGGACUGGCUCUGAGGACUGCAAUAGCUCAAGUGCAUUUCACGCCAGUUUUAAUUAGCUCUGCUCCUCUUUUCCUCCAUCGAUCAGCUUCCUCUCACCCGACCUCGCCAUUUAAAUAUUACAGCGAGAUAGCAAGAAAAGUGCAGUUAGUCGUUUGAGUAUUACUUUUAUGUGUUUGCGAGGCGUGCUCAGCGUCACAAAGACAUCAUCACUAAACUGAGAUUCCGCUGAAGACUUGCGCUGUAUGAUAUAUGAUAUGGAUAUAAUGUGCCAAUCAAAGUUGUUAUCAACCUACAUCCGUGCUUUCAGUUUUUGACGAUGUAGCCGAUACAGGUUAGCGUGAUUGUAGGUGAUGGCGGUGUUGUUUAUUCAGUUUACACUCGAUCAUAAACCUGAGAAGUUCUGCGAGCGUGGGAUGCGAUGCUCAUGCUUUCCAUGCCGUGUCGAUAUUUCUCAUGUUCACUGAGUUUGCUGUGUCAUUGUAAUGGAAAACACAGUACUUGUACAAGUUCUCAAAGUUUGUAAUACUGUUAAGCCAUCUCUUGUUUUUCACACAGGUGGUAUGUUUGUAAUACUGAUAAAUGUUUCUAUAUUUAGAAUGUCAACAGAAAAAAAAGAGUUUAUACAUUUUGAAGCUGUCCUCAGAUACUUGUCAAGGAGCAGUGUGUUUGGUUUUUGGGUAACUUUUAAGCUAACUUGAGUCGACUGUAUCCUCUUGAAAUAUUCAGUUGUAAAAGUAACCAAUGAUUAGUUGCUUCUUGUAAUGAGAUUAUACAUGUUUCAAUUUUGCUUCAAUCUUGCAUUAUGAACUUAAGUAGUUUACUUGAGGUUAAGUUUCUUAGUUCUUUAUCUAUAAGAAUGCAAAUUAUUUCAGAGUACAAGCCUAUACAGUACAUAGUGCAAUUGUAUUGUAUUUCCAAAUGUUUUUAGUCUAUUAUAGUGUAAGUUGUUAAAUGAUUUAACCAAUGUAAAAAUAUACGAGGGUGCCACCUG